GCUACAAACGAACUCGACGGUUUCGUGCUGUUGUUGCUGUUUCUGUUGCUGCUGUUGCUGUUGUCUCUGCUGCUGCUGCUGCUGCUAUUGCUGCUGCUGCUGCUUCUGUCUCGAUCUCAAUCUCAAUUUCGAUUCAUUCCCGCACUCAACGCGCUCGCGAAUAGUUUAACAUUUUUUUGGGCUCUCUGACCAACCAACAAAAGAAGUGAAGUGAGAAGUGACAGUGACAGUGUGACAGUGACAGUGUGACGCUGAAAUGAAGCCGUAGAGUGUCUAAAGACGCAAAUAAUAUACGAAAUAGCAAAAGAAAGAAAAAUAACAAGAUAAAAAAAAAAAACACACACAAACCUUAAAGAGCUCUACAAGUUGACAAGCGACAUUCGACAUGAGUGCCAAAGAUACGGGCCAUGUUAAUGGCGCCUUUAAUGGUGCUGAGGUCUCACUCGAUAUACCCACAAAUACUCUAUAUCACACAUCCCGAGACUGCAUCGUCCAGCAGGAGGAGGAGCCCAUAUCUUCAGGUGGUUGGGCGGAUUCUUGUCGCAGCACUUGUGCGAAUAUUUUCCGUAAAAAAACGCUACAGAAAAGAUUUCCCAUACUCGUCUGGCUGCCACAGUACAAAAAGGACUAUAUUUUUGGGGACAUUGUGGCCGGCAUUUCGGUAGCCCUGACUGUGAUACCUCAGGCCUUGGCUUAUGCUGGAAUUGCUGGUCUGGAUUUGCAGUAUGGACUGUACGCCUGUUUUCUCGGCUGCUUCAUCUAUAUCUUUAUUGGCUCCAGCAAGGAUGUGCCCAUUGGACCAACUGCCAUUUCGGCGCUGCUAUCAUUCCAAAUCGCUGGCGGAAGUUGGCAAAUGGCCACGUUGUUGACCUUUCUCACCGGACUCAUUGAAAUUCUGAUGGGCAUCUUUCGACUCGGAUUUCUCAUAGACUUUGUGUCGGGUCCUGUCGGCGCGGGAUUCACCAGUGCCGUGUCCUUGAUCAUCUUCAGCUCACAGAUGAAGGAUCUGCUAGGCAUACGCACCAGUGGAAACACCUUUCUCCAGGUGUGGAUCAGCAUCAUCAACGAUAUACACAACAUCAGCUGGCCAGACUUUGUGCUCGGUCUCAUCUGCAUCGUUAUGUUGCUAAGUCUUCGUGCCUUGGCCAGUUGUAGCUUGGGACCCAAGCAGGGCAAAUCCACCUGCCAACGGCUGCUCACAGGCAUCUUCUGGACGGUGGGCACAGCACGUAAUGCUCUGUUGGUUUGUGGCGCCGCAGGACUCGGCUAUUGGCUGUCCAUCAGUGGCAAUGAGGAGCUGGUGCGCACAGUGGGCUUUGUGCCCAAAGGAAUGCCCGAGUUUCAACCUCCUCCCUUUCAUAUGGAUGCGGUGGUGAACGAGACAAGUGGUUUAGUGUUGGCGGAUGCUCAAAGCUUUUGGGAUAUGGUCAGCACACUUGGCUCUGGCUUGAUUGUGGUGCCAAUGAUUGCGCUGCUGGAAACCAUGGCUGUGGUCCAAGCAUUUGCUGAUGGCAAACCCACAGAUGCCACACAGGAGCUAAUUGCCUCUGGCAUUUGCAAUGUGGCCAAUUCCUUUGUCCAAGGACUGCGCAGCAAUGGAGGCGUGGCACGUGGCGCCAUCCUCAAUGCCAGUGGAGUGAGGACACAACUCUCCAAUCUCUACACAAGUGUCAUAGUCAUCAUUGCCUUGCUCUACCUCACGCCGUGCUUCUACUACAUCCCAAAGGCGGCGCUGGCAGCUAUCAUCAUAGCUGCUGUGGUCUUUAUGGUCCAGUACAGAGUCAUCAAGCCCAUGUGGCACAGCAAGAAGACGGAUCUGAUACCUGGUCUGGGCGCAUUCUUUGCCUGCUUGGUGUUGCCUCUUCAGCUGGGCAUUCUGGUGGGCAUUGGCAUCAAUGUGGUCUUUAUACUCUACCAGGCGGCGCGUCCCAAGCUGCGCAUAGAAACUCUAUCUACUCCUCAGGGAGAGAGAUAUUUAAUGUUGACGCCAGAUCGCUGCCUUAUCUUUCCAUCGAUGGAGUUUGUGCGGAAAGUGAUCAACAAGCAGGGCGUCAAGUCCACACUGCCCGUUGUGAUCGACUGCACCCACAUCUAUGGGGCUGAUUUCACAGCUGCCAAGGUGAUAUCGACCAUGGUAACAGAUUUUGCGCAGCGUCAGCAGCCGCUGUUCUUCUACAAUCUACAGUCGAGAGUGGCACAGGUGUUUGAGGGCCUCAACAAAGAUCUGGUGGCCAUCUACGAUAUCAGCACGCUGCACGCCAAGCUCGCCGAAAAGACGCACACAUAACCUCGUUAUAUGAUAGAUUAAUUUUAGUCUUUGUAUUUAUUUCACAAAAACAAAAAGAAAAGAAAAAAAAAAGAAGCAAAACUCUGCUAGACCAAUUUCAAUGCUUUCGCGAGGCCAGCGACUUGUUUCGUUUGGUUUAGGCCAAAAAUGAAAAAGAAGCGAUGUGAUGAGAUGAGAUGAAA